GGCACUUCAAAGACGCCGCCGCAGCACCACCAUCAUCACCACCGAAGCGGCGACAACGACGACGUUGACGACGCGACGCCUUUUCCGUUACGCGAACGCGGACGCGGCAGCGGCGACGACGGCGAUCGGCGAUCAGCGGCGGCGACAAAGCGGCGGCUCCGCCCACCACGACUGGUGCAGCAGAUUUUACGACGACUUCUAUCGCAUCGUCUCGUCACUGGGGCAGCUCGUGAGAUGAACGCACGCAUGUCGCGAUUGCGACGAUCGUUGUCACGCUCGGUUCAUCAGCUUAGUCUGUCGCGAUCUGGUAGUCUAAACGGUCUUAUUGAACUACCUACUAGCAGUUUUACUACAUUAGUGGAUAAAUUCGCUUCACCAACGAAUUUCGAUCAACUUCGGCAGCUCGUUCAACACAAUAAUGAAGUGCUUCGCGAGGUUAUCGCUGCCUUCGAGGAGAAAGCAGCUCUGGACUUUCACUAUUCGAAAACACUGAAGAAGAUCUCAGCCAACUUGCACAAAGCUACCCAUCUGGUUGAGAGUGAUAUUGACAAAGGAUGGACGUCCGUAGCUGAACAAUUCGAUGUACAAGCAACUAUCCAUAGCAAUCUUGGCUCGGCGCUAACCGAUGACGUAAUUCAACCACUUCGGUCUAUACAGAUGAGCGAAGCAAAAACGAUAAGAGCUGCAGCAGUUUUCGUAGAACGAGAAACGAGAAAACUGAAAGAGAGAAAAGACGCGACAACUCGGACAAAACGGCUUCUCUAUGAAUGCAGUAAACAGCUGGAGAAACUCGAACAGGCAAAUGAUCAACAACAAGCUGGUGAGAGGGCUACCAUCAAAAAGAGACGGAUUGAGGAACAAGUAAAAAAGCAAGAAGAAAGUUAUAUAUGGGAAACGGUAGAUCUUGAAAAACAGCGCAGGGUAGCGGAAGGUGUUCUACGAAAAGGUGUCGAAAGCCUAGAAGCAGUGGAACGACAACGGUUGGCACACUGCCAAACAGCACUGGGCCGGUAUCAAAGGAAAAUUGAACAAUUGGGACCUAAUUUGCAACAGAUGUUUGAAAGGCAUACCAACAACUUGGACGUAGCUGUGCAAGCAACUGCCAAUGAUUAUAUAUCCGGAAUUCAUCCUUCUUCUACAGCAGUCAAUCACGUGAUAUUGAUGGAUCUCUAUGCAGAAAACUUCGGUGAAAUAAUGUGUGGCUCGCGACGGCGGGCUGCGUUGGUCCGAGUCUCGAACAUACUGGACAAUGAGCUGCAACGACUGUACUCGCAAGGUCGAGCAGACACUCAAAUCUGUAACACUAGGCAAAUUACUUUGGUGGAAUUCAUCGAAUACCUCUACUACAAAGUGAAUGAUGCGAUCAAUUCUUUGGAUGGCGGUCAACACCGCGGCUAUCACCGAUUAGUGCGAUUUCAGCAUAAAACCAAAGAUAAAGCAGGUUUACCAACCACAGUCCUAACGAUACCCUUAGCUGGUGAAGAUCAAUCCUUACCACCACCAUCGGUUUGCUCUGGUACGAUCUAUGCCCCACCGAAAACAUCACCACGAACAUCGGAUGAGUAUGAAGAGUAUGACAAGAUCUCUGACGAGGGCUUCUAUAACUCGUCCUCUCGACAGACUACCGUAAUCGACGAACCGGCCACAAAUACAACACUCUGCCGGGUACUGUACGAUUUCGAACCGAAACACGAUGAUGAAAUUCAGGUGCAUGCCGGAGAGUGCGUAGUAGUCGAAGAUCGGAUAGGUGACGAUUGGCUGAUCGGUCAUGUGAUAACAGAGAAUGGAGGGGAUUACAAGACUGGCAGAUUUCCAACGUCGUAUGUAGCAUUUUAGAAGAUUUCUGAGUUAUGCCUAAACACUCGCAAGGAAUGCCCUGCACAUUUGCAUUUAUGUCCUGCCUUUCUUUUACCUUCUUGCUUCUUUUUCAGUUUGACAAGUAUGGGUGCCGAUUUGUCAUCAAAUCUUUUUCUCUAGGAAAAACUGCAUUUAUAGUGACCCAGCAUGUAGUUUUAUUCAGAAGUUCUGUACAUACUUUUAUCAAUGAAUCUGUUGCAUAUGUGUUAUUGAUGACAUAAUCUUAGCUCAAUGAAAGUGCAGCUGUAUAAGUUAUAGCCUUCAUAGGUGCUAUAAAAUUGUAUUUUUGUCCCUGUGCUUGUGAUUGACUUUAGAAAGC